AUGAAAUUUCGGAAAAAACUAGUACUUAAAAUUAUUAACCAAGAGGAACAGGGAAAAGAUAUUAAAAUAUCAGUAUUAGAUGCAAUUUUAAUGAUUUCCGAUGCAUGGAAUGAUGUUUCUACCACUACAAUAAGAAACUGUUUCCACCACGCUGGAUUCAAGGCUUUGGUAAACGACGAAACAGAAGUAGUAAGUGAAAAUCAUUUGGACACAGAGUGCAUUUCUGAAGAAAACAUACAAAGUUUUGUGGAGGUUGACGAUGCUCUUUUGACCAACGAAGAAACCAAUGAAGAAGAAAUUGUUAAGUCUAUUUUGAAUGCAAAUAAUGAUGAAAGUGAACAAGCUGACGAAGAGAGCGAAGAAAUCGUAUUCAAAGUACCAUCUAUUUCGGAAAUGUAUUUUUAUAUUGAUCAGUCAACAAGAAAUCAAUUACCUUCUUUACGUUUAAUGAUAAAUUUGCACAAAGUGUACCAAUACUUUAUGGACUUCAAAUGCAUUUCUCACAACAAGUUGCUGUCUCAAAACUGUUCAUUUUUCUCAGUAUCCAAUACUGAAUUAUGA